AUGCGGGCUCCAGAUGUCCAGGGAGGUGCUGAGGGAGAGGAGGGCGACGUAGGUGCACCAGUAGGUCCUGAAGAGCUUGACCUUAUUGGAGGCAGGGAAUGGGUACAAGUGGAAGGCGCUGCUGCCAACCUUAUUGGAGGCGGGGAUUGGGUACAAGUGGAAGGCGCUGCUGCCAACCUUAUUGGAGGCGGGGAAUGGGUACAAGUGGAAGGCGCUGCUGCCAACCUUAUUGGAGGCGGGGAUUGGGUACAAGUGGAAGGCGCUGCUGCCAACCUUAUUGGAGGCGGGGAUUGGGUACAAGUGGAAGGCGCUGCUGCCAACCUUAUUGGAGGCGGGGAAUGGGUACAAGUGGAAGGCGCUGCUGCCAACCUUAUUGGAGGCGGGGAUUGGGUACAAGUGGAAGGCGCUGCUGCCAACCUUAUUGGAGGCGGGGAUUGGGUACAAGUGGAAGGCGCUGCUGCCGACCUUAUUGGAGGCGGGGAUUGGGUACAAGUGGAAGGCGCUGCUGCCGACCUUAUUGAAGGCGGGGAAUGGGUACAAGUGGAAGGCGCUGCUGCCAGGGACCGCCCCGAGGAACAGGGCAUGGGGCAGGGGCCUGAGCGCUGCAGAAAUACCUCUACAGGAGAACUCCAUGAGUUCCGCCUCUCAUUGCCUUUCUGCGACGCCAAGGAUGCAGAAUUUGUUCACCUACAUCUUUCCUUGGAAGCUGAUCCCCCGAUAAGGGGCGUUCACAGAGAGAUCACAGUGAGCGGCAACGACCUGAAUAUCUUGAUAACUUCAGAAAACUCACACCUUCUACAAGUUUCUGUCUCCUACUUGCUGGACCUCCUUUUCCUGGUUUAUCCAGUACUGGAAAGCUGUGAGCAAUAGUUUCUGGACAAGCCUAAGCUGCAAAAGAGGAUUCAGUUUUCAUCAUCUAUCCUCCAGCCCUAUGCAGUCACUUUCCUAGUUCAGGGAUUCCUUGGGUGCCCUGUCAAUUGAUUUGGAUCUGGAUCGACCUCCCGUGAAUGAAGGCUUGUUCUGAUGAAAAUAAAAUCAA